GGGCAAGGGGCGGGGCCUGCUUUUCGCGCGAAAAAGGACCUCGCUCUCUGGUGAUUCUGGGAGGAAGCGUUUUCUCUCAGGCGGCGCGAGGGAAGCGGGCAGAAGAGAAAACAUGCCUCUGGAGCAGCACGAGGAAGGCAGCGCUUCCGGCCUCGUCCACGCCGGACUCCCGCAGCCAGAGAUGGCUGAGGAAAUAGAAGCAGCUGUGAUCACACCAUCUAUGCUACAGGAGGAAGAGAAGCUUGAAGCAGAAGGGAGAGAGAAGGAAAGGCAGUUAAUGGAGGCUCAUAUGUCCCGGGACAGAGACUCACAUGAAGCUCGCUACAAGAGGCUUCAACACUUGCUUGAAAAAAGCAAUAUUUACUCGAAAUUCUUGCUGACCAAAAUGGAACAGCAGCAAUUGGAAGAGUUACGAAAGAAAGAAAAACUGGAAAAAAAGAAAGCGGUGUUAAAUACUUCAAAGGAUGAAAAACUAAGGAUAAGGAGAGAAAAUAAACCAGCUGGAAGAAAGCGAGCCAGAGAAGAUGAAACAUACAAUAUCUCUGAUGUCAUAUCAAAAGAGGAGAUUUUGUUAGCAGCCAAAAAAAGUAAAGAUGAAAAAAGUAAGAUUGAAAGCUCUUCUGCAAAACUGUGUGCCGAAGAACUCCAGAAUAAUGGGGACUCGAAUAGCAUUAUUAAGGACAGACUGACACAGACAGUGCGUCACAGUGCCAAACAUUUCUUUGACCCAGUACGAAAAUAUAAGCAACAGCCAGUACCUUUUCAGCAACCAAAGCUCUUCACUGGAGGAAUAAUGAGGUGGUAUCAAGUUGAAGGCAUGGAAUGGCUUCGGAUGCUUUGGGAGAAUGGCAUUAAUGGUAUUUUGGCUGAUGAAAUGGGCUUAGGAAAAACAGUCCAAUGUAUUGCAACAAUAGCUUUGAUGGUAGAAAAAGGAAUGGUUGGACCAUUUCUGGUAUGUGGACCCCUCUCUACUCUUCCUAACUGGAUAGCAGAAUUCAAGAGGUUUACUCCUAAGAUUCCUAUAAUGCUCUACCACGGUGCCCAGAAAGAACGACGUGAAUUGAUUCCUAAAAUUCGAAGGAGAGAAAAUUCAUUAAGUGUUCACCCAGUAGUCAUUACUUCUUUUGAAAUUGCCAUGAAGGACAGAAAUUUUCUUCAGAACUUCUCCUGGAAAUACUUAAUUGUGGAUGAAGGACAUAGGAUUAAGAAUAUGAAUUGUCGUCUUGUUCAAGAAUUAAAAAAGUUUAAUGCUGACAAUAAACUUCUAUUAACUGGAACGCCAUUGCAAAACAACUUGUCUGAGCUUUGGUCUCUGCUUAAUUUCUUGCUUCCUGAUGUGUUUGAUGACUUAAAAAGCUUUGAAUCCUGGUUUGAUAUUACUAGUAUGUCUGGAAUUGCUGAAGAUAUUGUUGCGAAAGAAAAAGAGCAGAACGUCUUACACAUGCUGCACCAGAUUUUGACCCCUUUCUUAUUAAGAAGACUGAAGUCAGAUGUAGCUUUAGAAAUUCCACCCAAGCGUGAAAUUGUGGUAUAUGCACCUCUUGUGAAGAAACAAGAAACCUUCUACAGUGCCAUUGUAAACAAAACAAUUCGCAAACUCAUACAAAACAAUCAGGAAGAAGUUAUUGAGUUCAGCUGCACAGGGCGACCCAAACGCCGGAAUCGAAAACUGGUUAGUUAUCGUGAACUUGGAGAAAAUGAUUCUCCUGAUGAACUGGAAUCACUGAUCAAUAAGAUGCAAUAUGAAGUUGAAAAAGAGAGGAGACCAGUGAUUGAAAUGAAUAUGCCUUUGGAUUCAGAAGUCAACAUAAAGUUGCAGAAUAUUAUGAUGCUAUUAAGGAAGUGUUGUAACCACCCAUACCUUAUUGAAUAUCCACUGGAACCUGGAACACAGCAGUUUAAGGUUGAUGAAGAUCUAGUGAACAGUUCAGGCAAAUUUCUACUCUUGGAUCGCAUGCUGCCAGAGCUGAAAAAGCGAGGACACAAGGUGCUGCUAUUCUCACAAAUGACACAGAUGUUGGAUAUUUUGAUGGACUACUGCUAUUUGAGGAAUUACCAGUUCAGUCGCUUGGAUGGAAGCAUGUCCUAUACAGAAAGAGAUGAAAACAUGAGUAAAUUUAACAAAGAUCAAGAAGUUUUUAUAUUUCUGUUGAGCACACGGGCUGGAGGUCUUGGCAUUAAUCUGACGGCAGCAGAUACAGUAAUCAUCUAUGACAGUGACUGGAACCCUCAAUGUGAUCUUCAGGCUCAAGACCGGUGUCAUAGAAUUGGCCAGACAAAGCCGGUGGUUGUCUAUCGCUUUGUAACUGCAAAUACUAUUGAUCAGAAGAUUGUGGAGACAGCUGCUGCCAAAAGGAAGUUGGAAAAGCUGGUUAUACACAAAAACCAGUUUAAAGGUGGAAGGUUUGGAGGAAACCAGUCAAAGCGAUGUUUGGACCCCAAGGAGUUAAUGGAGUUGCUACAGUCCUGUGACUAUGACAGAGAAAUAAAAGGAUCAAGAGAAGAAGUAAUAUCUGACAAAGAUUUAGAGUUAUUGUUGGACAGAACUGACCUUACAACCCAAAUGAAAACCCCCGAAGGACCUAAUGGAAAAAUUGGAUUCUUCAGGGUAGUAGAAAAUACUGAAGAUGAUAACAUAGAUGUACUUUGAAGUAUAGCCAAUUUGCACUCCCUGUGACUCUGCAAAUCUGUAUGUUGACACAAGAGGAGUUAGUUUACCAGAGACUUGAUAUCAAGGUCACUAGAUUUGCAUAUGUACAAAAAAGAAAGUUGUGGGAUACACUUGUUGGUGGUUUAUACAUUUUCAAUCAAUUGUUUAGAUUCAAUAGCUUGUAGUUCAGAAAAAGCUAUACUGUAACUGGAUAUUUUGUAAUCUAAAUAAAGUUUGUUUUUAUUAGA